UGUGCCAUAUUGGAGCUUUCUCUCCGGAGCGCGCCGGUGGCCGAUACAACAGCCUCGUCCUGGACGCUUGUCCUCGGCUGACAUGAAGUAGAUGUAGGUCGAGCGGCUGAUCUGUGAGUUGCUUGAAUAUCUGAUUUAACCAAAAAGCGCUCGAGUGUGUGUGUGAGAGAGUGUGUGUGUGAGUGUGUGAGAGUAGUGAGCUUGUAGCGGCAGCGCGCAGUAAUCCCUCUGAUGUGGACCUGUCACUCUUCUAAUCUUCUACAUGGCUAAAACCAGAGAGUUCCUGCUGCCUGGACCCAUUUCGAGGAGUUAAAAGUUUUCUUUUUAAAUGAUUAUUAUCAUUAUUUUCUAAAUUAUUCUUUACGAAGCGAGAGGUUCUUCCCAGCAGAGCAGCGAUGAUGACUGAGAACAGCGAGAUGGAGAGCGACUCGCAGCUCCAGCGCUCCCCGAGCGACGUCCCCAUCCAGCCCGUGCCAUCCAAGCUCCAGAGGUUGAAACGCACGCUCUCCUUCAAGACCCUGAUGCGCAGUAAGAGCGUGGAGAACUUCUUCCAGAGGUCCUACAGCGACGCUCGCCUGCCCCCGGACUUCAUCACCGACCCGCCGCCUCCGUCCCCCCCGAUGCUGCCCGGCUCCCCUCUCAUCGGCGAGCGCUCGCCGUCCAUUUCCCCGUCCCUGAGCCCCAACCCCUCCAUCUGCUCCCACUCCCCUUCCCUCAGCCUCUCCCCGUCGCUGCCCCCCAAGCCUCCCGGCCCUCAGAUCAACCACUCUUUCCAGGACCAUGUCUUUAGGAAGCCCACCAACUGUCAGCACUGCAGGAACAUGAUAGUGGGAAACUCCAAACAAGCCCUGCGAUGUAAAACCUGCAAGAUGGCUGCUCACCUGUGGUGCACCUCCGAGCUGUCGCAGCAGCCGUGCUACGGGAAGUCCGGAGCAUUCAAGCGAAACUUCAGCUCGCCGAUGCUCGUCAACGACCAACUGGCCGUGGUCAGGGAAGUCACGCCGAGCCAAGAAGUGGCACGGAUGCGGGUAGAUCCUGUGUAUGCCGCCUUGCGCUAUGGGACGUCCUUGGCACAGAUGAGCCGCUCCAGUUUUGGCAGUUUGUCAGAAUCACCAACACGCAGCUUGGGGGAGGGAGGUGAAGAGAGGCAGCAGAGACAGUGCAGCAUGGAGGAGGAGAUAACUGAGGAGACAGGGGACAUCCUUGUCCCAGACACGGAGAUGGAGAUGGAGAUGGAGAAGGAGAAGGAGGUAGAGGAAAGUGGCGAGCAAGCUCAGAUUCCCGCGGAGGACAGCGAAGUAAAGGUGCCGAAGCGCAUAGAAGUCCACUCCAUCCACACCUACGUAGCGCUCUACAAGUUCCUGCCCCAGGAACAAAACGACCUGGAACUACAGCCCGGUGACCGGGUGCAGGUCAUAGACGACUCCAAUGAGGAGUGGUGGAAGGGUAAAAGUGGUGACAAAGUUGGCUUUUUCCCUGCCAACUUUGUGCAGCGGGUCCGCCCCGGGGAGCGGGUCUGGCGCGUUGUCCAGGGUCAGUCUGGAAGGCUGGAGAGAGGACACAUGGCGGUGAAGGAAUCCCAGAUUUGUGUCGGGAAGCGAGAGGAUGGUGAAGAGUUUCUGAAGCUGAGCAGUGGGAAGAAGAGAGGUCUGGUCCCAGCCGACUCCAUAGAGGAGAUCUGAACCCCCGUCACCCCACUCCUACUCCACCCAGGGACUCGCCCAUCUCCAGACUAUCAGCACCAAUCCCCCAUGUCCCCACUGGAGAAAUGACAGCCUCACCCUCUCCGACUAAACUGCAAAAAUCUGGAAGCAUACAAGCGUGAAUCGUGAAUCCCGUUGAAUCGCUGGACUGUGCCAAGUGUUGCUUUGGGCUCAUCCUUUCCAACUCAGUGAGUCAAUGUAAAAUGCUGAAGUAAAAGAGUUUUCUCAUUUUUGAAUCAGAUGUCGUUUUUUCUUCAUCAUGAACAUGUCUACAACCCUUUGAGGAGACUGAGUCCUGUCAUGGGAAGAUGAUGCCUGUGUCAGUGUCCGUUUCUUGUUUCUGCUGCUGUGUUUCAUCCGCUCAUUUUUUAGGGUUGUUCUGCCCUGGGGACUGAUAACAGCUUCAUGCACUGCUACGCAAUAAGAGACUCUUGCCAAGAACAACCACUGCCACCCGUGGAAAGCUAUACUGCCACCCCGAGAGCCGCCACAAUCAAAGGAAAGGAGUUUGCAGGAAUAGGAGCCUCUGAAGAUUCUUGUCAUGCACCACUUAAACCUGUAUUUUCCUGAGUUUUUCCAGUGUAAAAUGACAAUUAAAAUAUGCUAGAAAAGUGCUUCAGCAUCUUUUAAUUUUUGGUAUGGACCUCAGGCUCAAAUGAUCUUUCAAAAGCAGCUACAAAUCAAGAAACUCUUGAACUCAAAAGCUUUAAAAAGAAUUCUUUACAGAUAGUAACGCUGAAAGAUUUUGUGUGUUAGGUGUUUCUUGACCACUUGUUUUUUGCAGUGAUUGUCCAGGGUCUAUGUCGUCUUAUGUUACCAUUUCCGGCACAAAAUACGUGAAACUUGAGCCUCUCUCAGAAAAGUGGUUGUUUUGAAGGCUUGCGUGAUCACGGAGCAUGCAAGAAAUAUCCACAAGCGGCGGAGUUUGAAGUGUCCGAAUCCGUCCUCCUGUUUUCACAUGGAGCAGCUCGCAGGGUGCACACACAGCCCGGCGUCUGCAGAGACUAGCUUAAGAGCAGCAGCGGGUGUUUUGGUGAGAGCUGCUUGGCAUUUUAACUUGUUCACUCGAGCUCAAACAGCACGUAAUAAACUGCAGCCAGUCUGCCAGAAAAACAACAACGCAAUGGGGAUCUUUCUGGGCCCUGAUCCCGAGUUUAAGUUUCACUCACGGUUUCCAGGAUGCAGCGAAACAGCAGGAGGAAAGCAGUGCAUCACGGGGAAGGACACAAUUGUUGAACCGUUAUGAGUCAGCGUGUGCCCGAGUAGUCCUGCACCCAUGGAUGCACAAGUCAUCAUUGAUCAAAAGUCAGCCUGUCAUCCUUCAGUCCCUGUUUGGCCUCUCUUGUCCUCUUGUUAUUGAUGUGACUGGUCAGCUCUGACAUAGUGGGCACAUUCUUUUCCCGUAUGGCAAGACGCGUUAGAUAGUUUAGAUAUGUACUGAUUUGUUUUUGUCAUCAUGUAUUCAAUCUGUCUGAUGCGCUACUUUAAGAGAGUACAGUACCUUACGCUUGAGAGGUGAAGCGCACACUUUGCAGAGGAAGACAAAAAAAAAACUGGAUGCUUAAUGCAACAAUAAAAUGAGAAAUUAUGAAAUCAUAUAUAAUAGUCGAGCUGCUGUUUUUGAGAUUUAGCUGAUAUUAUCCAUUUUAGUCUGCAUUUCAUGUGUGAAGGCCUUUAGAAGGGGUUGCAAAUGCAUCUCUCAUUUUAAUGACAAGAGUAACACUUUCCUAUACGUCCUUUCAAUAAGUUUAUGUUGCAUCAUCACCAUGGUGGUAUCUGAUUUAUCUACCGUCACUUCAACAUGAAGAAUUUUUAGUUUGUUUUAAAACAUGCGCUCCACAGAGCAAAACUGGAAUUUAGUUCACACCUCACGCUUCACAGAUUUCAAAAGCUGAAGUAUGAAGUUUUGAUGUUUUUGGUUGUUUUUUUUGGUUUUUUUGGUGUCUUGAGUCAGUGGCUGGUACAUACCUCAA